AGACACUUGUAUGCUACCCUUCACGAAAGAGCAGAUCACUAUGACUGGUGAAUACUGCAGAAAAAAAAGUUCUACGCUUCCGGUCUCCAUUCUUGAACAGAUCAAGUUCACAGAUCAACUACACAAGGACGAGGUUGUUAUGGCGCCCUCAGAGUCGCAGUGUUCCUGGUUGCUGAGCUUUACCCGGGCUCUACGGCCCAAACGAAUCCUUGAGCUGGGCACGUUUACCGGUGUGAGUGCCCUUGUUUUUUACGAGGCGACAAAGGAGGGUACUGCGGAAAUCGUUAGCAUGGAUAUGUCGGAAAAGUACCUCGAAUUCGCUCAAGAUGCAUUCCGUCGGUACGGAGCGGACGAACGAAUCAAGACUGUCCAGGGACCUUGCUUGGACAUGCUACCGACAUUGACCGGCCAAUUUGACCUCGUAUAUAUCGACGCGGCGGAGGAAGAGUACGAGUCGUAUACCCGCUACAUCUUGGACCACAAACUCCUCUCGCCUAACGGAGUCAUCUUGGUCGACGAUGUUCUCCUCGAAGGCCUGGUCGUAGACUCAUCUAUCGCUAGAAACUUCCCAGAGGAGAUUCAAGAGCCAUACCUCGCUAUUGCGGAUAAGAUGAAUGCGUUCAACCGCUAUGCUGCGAAGGAUCCGCGGGUCACGACCACAAUGAUUCCUCUUUUCAAUGGAGUCACUCAGAUCAUGUGGAAAUAG